CUCCUCCCAACGCCUCUUGCCCCCAAUACUGUGACCCUGGGUCAACUGCUCUCCGACCCCCUAGACCCCUCUUCCGAAUCCUUCAUCAGCACCUCAAUACGCCAAGCUCUCCAAGAGCCAUCGAUUCAGUCUCGCUAUAAGGACCUCGUCUCUUACGACGAUGAAGGCCGCUUAGUGUCAAGUCUCCAUGGACGUCCGCUCUCCCCUUCACAGGAGAAUCUGCUCGUCAUUCAAGCCGACGAGAUGAAGUACUGCUCACUUAAGCAUCCCUCGGCCUCCUUCAACGCCCUCCGCCAGGAUCCUGCUGCCCAAACCUGGUUUCGCCAGAUGCAAAACAGGCCGCUCUACUAUGUGGUCGGAGUGCAGCAACUAAAAAAUCCCACAUUUAAGCGAGCCGUUAUCAAAGAGGGCUCCGUAGCCGAGGCAUCAACGGACUCCAAGAUCCGGAUACCGAUGCAUGUCCGCCGAGAUUCCGCCAUGGACUUGGACGAACCCAGUAACGAUGGUGUGUUCGGACUCGAGGUCAGGAAGGUCAAAUGCCGCGUUGGCUCACCCGCCGAACCACAUACUCUCGACGAUAUCGACCUAUCGUGGACUUACCACAUGCUCGAUGCCGACGACGACCUCCAAUUAUCUAUAGGUCUUGGCCAUGCAUUGAGCGCGGCUGAGUUAAGAGGUCUUGCAGGUAUCGUGAGCGACGAC